UUAAUCAUUCAAAACAAAUCGAAUACGUAAAUAAAGAAAUGAGCUCCGAAGUUGUGGCAAAAAAACUAAAAAUAAGUGAAAAUGUCUGUGAGGAUAAUCCAAAUUGCGCACAUUGGGUGCAGCGCAAGAAACGUUUCUGUAAAAUGACAGUGAAGGCGGGGCAGAAGUAUUGUGGGGAGCAUCAGCCAGCGGUUGAGUUGCAAACGCCGCAAGAUACAACCGCAUGCGAUGAUAACGUGCGCAUCCCAUGCCCAUUAGACGCCAAACAUACAGUAUUUAAGAAAAAACUACAAAAGCAUCUUAAAAUUUGUAAUGCGCGCGACAAAGGUGAUUCCCCGGCUUACAUAGAAAAAGGUAUAAAUACAGAUGCGGAAACUAAUGCGUGCCCCGAUUAUAGCAAACUAAGGAUACACGAUUUACCUGACGAAGAAUUCUACAAAAUAGUAGCAACUGUAAAAGAGCUUUAUGCCAAAUAUGUCGAAAAUACCAUCGAAGCUGUGUGCUUGCAGCAUAAGUUAUUGGACGAGGAAUUGGCAAAAUCUGAAUAUGGCCCUGAGGCGAGAAAACACAUCAUACAGGCAGCCGCACUACUGGGAAUACUUGACAGCGAACAACAAUUGCAACCAAGCACAAGUUAUAUAGAGUUUGGUGCCGGAAAGGGUCAUCUUGCCUUUUAUUUGGCUCAAUUGCUGGAAUCACUACCUGCUUCUCAGGUAGUGCUUGUUGACCGCAUGUCUCUGCGUCACAAAAAAGACAAUAAGAUCGAAGAUCGGUCGUUGGUACACCGCAUACGUGCUGACAUUGCUGACUUUCGAAUGGCCAGUCUGGAACUGCUGCAGCGCACUCGGCGCUGUGUAGCGGUAUCGAAGCAUUUAUGUGGUGCUGCUACAGAUUUGACGUUGCGUUGUAUAACGCAACCUGGUUGUGAGAAUGCAGAUAAAAAAGCGCCAGAUACUGAAUUCGUACUCAUAGCACUUUGUUGUCACCAUCGCUGCGAUUGGCAAAGCUAUGUGGGCAAAAGCUAUUUCCAGGCACAUGAAUUGACGAGUCGAGACUUUGCUGUCAUUACUAAAAUGGCUAGUUGGGCAAUUUGUGGCACCGGUAUGAGCCGUGAGCGCAGGCGCGCGCUGGAGGAACAAUCACAAAAACCCGAAGAUGUAGUGGAUGCCAACGUCACGCAGCGAUUGUGUUUGGCUGAGCGAGAACGUGUUGGUGACAUGUGCAAACGUAUACUUGACUAUGGGCGGCUGCAAUAUUUGAGAGAGCAUGGCUACGAAGCUGUUUUAAAGUACUACGUAGCACGCGAUGUGACAUUGGAAAAUGUCUGCCUGCUUGCAAGAAAAGUUGGUGCUUCUAAAUGUCACGGGGAUGGAAAGGAAUGCUCCAGCUCUCAAAAUUAAGGAUGUCUGUCUAGUUGUUAGCACUUAAAUUAAUUGAGAUAUACAGAAUUUUAAAUAUAACACCAAAACUAAAAGUU